AUGAGGUCCUCUUGGGCCCCUUUGGGGCCUCCUGUGAGCCCGGACCGCAUCAUCACCAACUUCCCGAAGUGGUACACACCUGAUGCCUGCCUGCAGCUCAAGGAGCACUUCCACAGCCAGGUCAGCACUGCCUGCCAGCACAGGAACACGGGCACUGUUGGGCUUAAGCUCUCCAAGGUGGUGGUUGUUGGCGAUCUCUACGUGGGAAAGACUAGCCUCAUUCACAGGUUGUGCAAGAAUGUUUUUGACCGAGAUUACAAGGCCACUAUUGGGGUAGACUUUGAGAUCGAGCGCUUUGAGAUUGCGGGGAUUCCCUACAGCCUCCAGAUCUGGGACACAGCUGGGCAGGAGAAGUUCAAGUGUAUUGCAUCUGCCUACUACCGCGGUGCCCAGGUGAUCAUCACAGCCUUUGACCUCUCUGACGUGCAGACGCUGGAGCACACCAGGCAAUGGCUGGAGGAUGCACUGAGGGAGAAUGAGGCAGGCUCUUGCUUCCUUUUCCUCGUGGGAACCAAGAAGGAUCUCCUGUCAGGGGCAGCGUGUGAGCAAGUGGAAGCAGAGGCUGUGCACCUGGCCAAUGAGAUGCAGGCAGAGUACUGGUCUGUGUCAGCCAAAACCGGGGAGAACGUGAAGGCAUUCUUCAGCCGUGUUGCUGCCCUAGCAUUUGAGCAGUCUGUGCUUCAGGACCUAGAGAAGAGACCCAGCACCCAGUCCCAGGUCGGAGAUGGAGAUGGAGACCUAAUCCGAAUAGAGGGACCCAGGACCCAGGAGAACAAGAGGCCACCUGGCCUGGGCUGCUGUUAGCUGAGGCCAGCAUCAGAGCCAUCUACUCCCUGAAUAUGUGUGGGGUGG